UCCUCUGUUCUUAACUAACUGCCCAAUAAAGCAGAUCGAUCAGAAUCCAAACCUGGCGACAUCGUCUGGGUCAGGAGUGCGUAAUUAAUUAAUAAAAAACGAAUUGGGGUUGUGGGAGAUGUCGGGAGCGCAGGGAGCUCAGCCGCCGGAGUCGCGGACGGCUACGGAGUACGAGUCAGUGGAAGGGGGAGAGAACAAGACGAAGAUGGACGUACGGUCGUCGGAAGACGUUGGGGGCUUAGAGGUGGACAAGCUCCAAGACAAAGUGGAGGAUGCCGCUGGCGAAGGGGGACCUGUUUUCGGCGCUGGUGGGGACGAGAACAAACAGGACCUGGGCGCUACGGGCACUGGUUAGAUAGCCUCAAUGAAUUUGGUGCCUGGUGUUUCACGUCUUCGCCUGUAAUACUUCUUCGUUUUCCUACUGUACUCCGUGUAUCCAUAAUGUGAAAAAUAAUAAUGCGUUGGAGACGUAGUACCAUGCAUGUUCUCGCAUCUCUACUGUUUAAUAGAAUAAACCGAUCUUAUUCUUAAGAUUGGGUACUGAUCA